CUCAGUCGUAAAAUUUUCGUCGAACGCGACGGAACGAACGCGCUUGCUUGUUGCCCAGGCAGGUUUUUUUCGUUGUUGUUUUUGCUGGCUUGUGAAGCGGUUGGCCACUCACGCACACCUCCACACAAAUAAAUACAAAAUACAAAACACAAGGCGCACACCUACACGAUACAUACACACGGUUGUGAUUUGGCGGGCACUUGUGUGCGUGUGUACAACAAAAAGUAAACGAAAUUCGGAGUGCAAAGAAACAUCAAAUAAAAUAGUCGAAAAAUCGAAAAACCAAAACAAGUGCCAGUUAUCCAAAGUCCUUAAUUGAGGAAGAAGAAGAAGAGCAAGUGUUGAACGCUUUUUGAUUUCAAAGAUUUCAAGAUUUUUCGUGUCCGUGCGUGUGCAGCAACAAACACCAACACCAAUACCAACAUACAUACAUACAUAUACCAAGAAGGCAACGAAAGAAGAAGCGAAGAAGCAGAGAGAAGUAGAAAAAAUGUGCGGCAGUCCAAAGCAGAUGAUGUAAACUUUGUUGUAACCAAAAAAAAAAAAGAAAAUAACAAGUCGAGAAGAAGCAGGAACCAGAAGAGGGAAGUGAAUAGAAAGAAAAGUCGAAAAGUUUUGGAAAAGCCAUCUCGAAAAUGAUGCCCGAAACGGAGCAGGAGAGCUGCAACAAGGAGUGGCUGCAAUCGCAGCUGAGAUCCCUGGACGCCAAGGAGCUAAUCCUGUUGGAUUGUCGCGGUUCGCAGGAGUACAGCGAGUCGCAUAUCCGCGGCGCCGUCAAUCUCUGCAUUCCGAGCAUAGUCCUCCGACGACUGGCGGCCGGAAAAAUCGAUCUGGCCUCCACGAUCAAGUCGCCGGAGCUGAAGGAGCGCAUCCAGACGGGCUACAAGCUCUGCCUGUUCAUCCUCUACAAUGGCGAGGGCGUGGCCAGCCAAAGUCCGGACAUGGCGGGUGCGGGAGCCUUUGCCGUGGCCAUGGACUCCAUCAUCAAUAUCCUGCAUCGUCGCCUCAAACAGGAUGGAUGUCGUGUGGUUGCCCUGCAAGAUGGCUUCUUCAGCUUUCGCCAGGCGUUUCCGGAAUGGUGCGAGGACGACAACCAGGCCAACAACAAAGAAAUGGAAUCUAGUCGCAAAGUAAAGACCGAUCAGUUAAUGGGUCUAAGAUCCCUACGCAUUUCCACACCGCAUUCCGAUUCCGCGUGCAGCAGUUCGGCCGAAUCGUCGGACUGUGAGAGCACCUCCCACCACCAUCACCACCACCAUCAUCAUCAUAAUUUCAACGAGGCUCCGGUGGAGAUAAUACCCGGACUACUGUUCCUGGGAAAUGCAUCCCACAGCUGCGAUUCGAAUGCAUUGCAAAAGUACAACAUAAAGUAUGUUCUGAAUGUAACACCUGACUUGCCGAACGAGUUUGAAAAGUCGGGCAUCAUCAAGUAUCUGCAGAUUCCAAUUACCGAUCACUAUUCCCAAGAUCUGGCCGUUCACUUCCCAGAUGCCAUACAGUUUAUAGAGGAAGCGCGCUCGGCGAACUCGGCGGUGCUGGUCCACUGCCUGGCCGGGGUGUCGCGCUCGGUGACCGUGACGCUGGCCUACUUGAUGCACACCCGGGGCCUGAGCCUCAACGACGCCUUCAUGAUGGUGCGGGACAGGAAGCCGGAUGUGUCGCCCAACUUCCACUUUAUGCAGCAGCUGCAGUCCUUCGAGAGCCAGCUGCGCCUGAGUCCCGGCGACUCUAAGGCCAUGGACGAGUCCGGGAUGAUGGGCCAAAGUGUUGGCCUGGGAUCGGCCGGCUCCAACAAUCCGAUGGCUAAUGUGCUGGCCGCCAAUCCCAGUGUGGUGGCCACGCGGUGCGGCCGCGGCUCCAAGUUCUCGUGCAAUUGCAUCGCCCCGGACUGCAAGUGCAUGCAGACGGGCGGGUUUAUGGCGGCCCACCUGGCCAAGGCCACGGGCGUGUCGCCCGACUCCGGGAUCGAGUUCGAUCGCUGGACACCGUCCUCGGACACGGGUCUCAAAUGAGACCAGGUGGGCGGGAAGAGUUUCGUGCUGCCGCCCAGUCAGGAGAUAGCAGCUGCCGUCGCCACAUCGCCGCCACCCAUCGGCCUGGCCGUCACCUCGGACAACAUGUCCCCGGCCAGCACCACCAGCUCAUCCACAUCGACCACGACCACAGCGGAGGCGGUUUCUGUCGUAGAAGUAGUUCGAGAUCGUCGCGAUGGGGAGGACGAUGCGGAUGGGGAGGAGAACAACGAUGAGGAGUCGGUCUAGAUGGCAGAGCUAUUCCUAACGCGGUUGUCGCUGGAAACGCCCGUUAAGAUAAUAUAACAAAAUACAUACAUAUGAGCCGCGUAUAUAAUAAGGGUAUGCCUUCAAGGUCUGGAAGAAAUCUUACAUGAAAUGUACAACGUUUUGUACGACAAGUUGAAGAAAUACCCAACGUCUAUAUAUAUAUAAUAUUAAUAAACAUAAUUAAUAUAAUGUUUAGUACAUUUUUAAGGUCUAAUGCAAAAGAAGUUUAAUGUUAUCCAUACACCCCCCUCUCCCACACAAAACACCGACAACAAUAGAUUGAGAAACGAGAAGAAACUAAAAUAUAUGAAAUAUAUUUAUAUAUACACCAUGUACAUGUUUGUAUUUAACUCCUAAGCCAAGUCAAGAGAAUAUACACGAGAGUCAAAGUAAAAAAUAAACAAAAGUUUAAAGUUUAAACCGUUUUUUCUAGGCAUAAACGUUUUAUUUUUAAUUUUAAAAUUUACUAAAACUCGAAAAUCGUUUAUAAUUGUAAAAUUUGUUAUAUAAGGAGAUAAGGGCAGCCGUAAAGGCCCAAAAUAUAUAUAUAUACCUACCAUAUAAUUACUGAAUGCCAAGUCAUAUAUAAGUGUAAAGUGAACUAAAAUCCCGAAUAUCGAAGAAUUUUUAAAAUUGAUGCGAAAGCAAAAAACACUAAAAACCAAGAAAAUAAAAUACAAGAAUUUGCACAAAAAAAAAAACAAACAAAAAACCGAAACCCCUUUGCCCAUCAGUGGGAAACAUUUUUUAUGGUUUUUUUUUUAGAAAAAAGGGUGGUCUCUGAAUCAAAGAUCUACAAGGACCACACAACGAUAAUCCAGGGGAGCGGACGUAUUAACGUAUUAAGGUUUUCGGAUCGUAGAACGAUGGAACGAUUUUCUAUGGAUGAGAUGUUAAAGUUUUAGAACAGUACAUGCUUCGAUCUAUUUGUUAUGAAUAAAGAAUAUCUAAAUGUAGUGGUAUGUCAGGCAAUGUUGGUACAAAAUUCAAUCAGGUGACGUUUCAAGAACACAAAUUAACCAAAAAC